GGGGCAACAGAAGGAGAGAGAGAGAGAGAGAGAGAGAGAGGGGAUGUAUGGUCAUUGAGAAAUAAGAGUCAGAGUGAGCGAGGAGAAGGAGGAUGCAAAAAAAGGCCAGGAAGGAGGGAAUUUCCCAACUUUUAAAGCCGUGAAAGCGUCUCUGUUGUGGGAGGAACGGACGGCGCUUCUUGGAAGUGAGGGCCAAGCCCGCUGAGAAGUGUGGACCAGGCUGGAGGAGCCAUGCAAGAAGUGGAUGCUGGCUGCCAUUACGCAACAUGACGCUCCACAGCAGCGCUUCAUCGCGGCACGGCCAGCUGGGAAAGGAUGCCAGCUGCUAGCACAAUGACUGGUGGGAGGGCACUGCUGCUCUGUACAAACACUGACAACUGUAUCUACCAAUCAGUCAACGGGCUCCGGUGCUGUGGCUUGAAGGUUGGGGAGGCUCCGUCGUCUGUGGUGCCCCAGCGGUGCGGGUUACCGGGGGCCAGCGACAAAAGGCAGACCGCUGUGCCCACCAAUUGUCCCAUCUCCCUACUCAUAAGCCUGAGGGGCAGCCCAGAUCCUACUGGCAAUAUGCUGACUCACAGGAGAACUUCCUCCGCUACAAAUGACACAAGAACUCCUAACAUAGAGAAUGGACAGUGCGGUAGGCUGAAUAAAAGCCAGGCAGGAGUCAAGGCAGCAAGUAUCCGUGAUAAGAUAUCCCAAUGGGAGGGCAAGAAGGAGACCAUUUCCACGGACACUUGUCCACUAAGCACAACACAUAAGGAAAUUGAGUCGGUGAGAAAAAAGGAACUGAAAUCUCCGGCGGUCCAACGGACCGACAGCAAGAGGUUUGUUAGCUGGGAAAGGCAGGACUCAGGAAAGGAGAAUGUUGGCAAGCUUGUGGACCUGAGGACUAAAUCUCCAGAAGGCCUAACAAACAAGGACAAAGAAGUGAUUCUAGAGAGAGGACUGGGGGCUGCUAAGGCAACAGAACAGCCCCAAGACAAGAAAUCAGUUUUAACUCAUGUUAAGAAGCUAGAAAAAGCAACAAAACAAGUUCCUGACGGACCAUCGCUGGCUUUUCCAGGGAAUUACUUUUGCCCACCGUCAAAAGAGGAGCUGGAAGAAUCAGAAAAGAGGCUCAACGAACCCAUUUUUGGGACUUUCGGGUCCAGGCGGAAAAGAGACGGGGAUCAGGAGAACGUGUACAGUGAACCGGGGGCUCCUUCUAUCAACCCUUUGCCAAAACCUCAGAGAACCUUCCAGCACCACACACCGCCUUCCACCCCAAUCUCAGCCCCCGGAUCUCGUAAGGGGAAGAGGACUCUGCCUCCUCUGCCUUCCAUUCCGCCUCCACCUCUACCCACCUGCCCACCGCCUGGAGUUUGCAGGAGAGUGUGGAAGGACAAGUCCCACGACAGCAACAACAGGAAGUCCUACGAGUUUGAGGACCUCCUCCAGUCGUCUGCAGAAGGCUGCAGGGUGGACUGGUACGCUCAGUCCCGCCUGGGCCUGACACGCACUUUAUCGGAAGAGAACGUCUACGAGGACAUAAUAGAUCCUCCUGGCAAGGAGAAUCCUUACGAAGACAUAGAGCUGGAGAGGAGUUGCCUGGGUAGCAAAUGUGUCUCCUCUUCGCCAAUCCCUGACACUCCACCUAAGUUCUGCACCAAGCCAGGCUUCUUCAGACAAAACUCAGAGCGACGGAGCUUCAAAGUCCUGGAAUUAAGGAAAACCAACAGGGAGGCCGGCGUGUACUCGCCGUCUCGCAUCAGUCCUCCAUCCACGCCCAGCAGCCCCGAUGACACACCCUGUCUCUCUGGGGACCCGUACAACCGGCGGCGGAAGAAAAUCCCAAAGAUGGUGUUGAAGAUCAAUGGCGUCUUUGAGGCUCGAAGAGGCAAAAAGUGCAUGAAGAAGGUGUCUCAGUCCACCGAGUCAAGCUCAGGGAGAGUCACAGAUGAGAACAGCGAGUCCGAAAGCGACACAGAGGAGAAACUAAAAGCUCAUAGCCAAAUGCUAGUGUCGGUCCAGUCCAUGCUGAGGCAGACGGGGAGAUGCCGGACUUUGGAGAGAGAUCUGAUGGAGUUGCAGGAGAGAAAACUCUUUGAGUAUUUCAUCGUGGUGGCCCUUCACAAGACCAAAGCUGGAGUUCCAUACCUGCCGGAAGUCACGCAGCAGUUCCCUCUCAAGCUUGAAAGGAGCUUCAAGUUCAUGCGAGAGACAGAGGACCAGCUCAAGGUCAUCCCUCAGUUCUGCUUCCCUGACGCCAAAGACUGGGCGCCUGUGGACAACUUCCCCAGUGAGACCUUUUCUUUUGUGCUGACUGGUGAGGAUGGAAGUCGGCGGUUUGGCUACUGCAGGAGAUUACUGCCCAGCGGUAAAGGCCGGAGGCUCCCGGAGGUCUACUGCAUCGUGAGCCGCUUGGGCUGCUUCGACCUCUUCUCCAAGAUCCUGGACGAGGUGGAGAAGAGACGAGCUAUCUCGCCUGCCCUGGUGCAGCCUUUCAUGAGAGGCAUCAUGGAAGCUCCUUUUCCUGCUCCAGGAAGGACCAUCACUGUCAAGAACUUCCUCCCGGGCUCAGGAACAGAGGUGAUGGAGUUGUGUCGGCCGUCAGAUUCCCGCCUGGAACACGUGGACUUUGAGUGUCUCUUCUCCUCCUUGAGUCUUCGCCUUCUCCUGCGGGUCUUCGCCUCGCUGCUCCUGGAGCGCAGGAUCAUCUUCACCGCCGGCAAGCUCAGCACCUUGUCCCAGUGCUGCCACGCCGUGGUGGCGCUGCUCUACCCGCUGACGUGGCAGCACACCUACAUCCCCGUGCUGCCACCCUCCAUGCUGGACAUCGUGUGCACGCCCACCCCCUUCAUCGUGGGCCUGCUCUCCAGCUCGCUGCCUCGACUGAAGGAGCUGCCCAUAGAAGAAGUCCUGGUGGUGGACCUGGGCAACAGCCGCUUCCUCCGGCAGGUGAGAGAAGCUGAAUGUGUCCACGAUGGACUUUCAACACGUCUUUGUCUCCUCAAGCUGGACGACGAGGACUCCAUCCUGCCUCACAAGCUGCAGGCGGCGCUGGAACAUGUGCUGGAGAAGAGGAGGGAGCUGGCCUGUGAGAAAGGAGAACUUCCCAGUGCAGACUCCAGCUCCCUCAGCGCGGUGGUCUCGGAGGCUUUCGUGCGUUUCUUCGUGGAAAUGGUAGGCCAUUACUCGCUCUUCAUGGGCGGGGCCGAGCGGGAGGACGAGUCGUCAUCGGUCUCGUCGCCCACAACACCCGCCUGCUCCUCCUCCUCCUCCUCCUCCUCUUCCUCCUCCUUCCAGCGGGAGGCCUUUCGUAAGGCGGUGACCUCCAAGAGUUUGAGGAGGUUCCUGGAGGUGUUCAUGGAGACGCAGAUGUUUGCAGGCUUCAUCCAGGAGAGAGAGCUGCGCAGACAAGGCCUCAGAGGUCUGUUUGAGGUGAGGGCGCAGGAGUAUCUGGACUCACUUCCUGGCAGCGAGCAGCGAGGGGUCAACAAGUUCUUGAAAGGCUUAGGAAACAAGAUGAAGUUCCUCUCUAAGAAGUGACUUCCUGUGGAGUUUGUUGAGGGCAUCUUCCAGCUUCAGCUUUGUAAAUACUUUCUUCUCACAUUCCCGGACAUUCAAAGUCUUUCUUAAGCAUUCCAAGUCUUUCCUGUAGAAGUUUAGUACAACUUCUACUUCUACUUCAACAGGAGGCUUUCACUUUAUUUAUGUUCUUUCUUUUUUGUUGUUGUUGUCACAUUAUCUCCUUUUUCAGCGCAGAGAGAAACCUUCUGUAGUUUGUUCAUAGGCUUUAUUUAUCAGACUGUUUGUGAACGCAGCGCAGUCUGGAAGUCAACCAUCAGAGUAGGGCUGGCCACCAUGUUGGCAGGUCACUUUUAUCUGGACUAGUUUGUCUUCUAUGUCCAUCUUUUAAGAAUGGAACUCCAUCAAUAAAGUGAUGGGACUCCUC